CAUUAUUAACCACUUUGAACAAAUGCCGAGAAAACCUACUUUACAAGUGGAAAAAAGGUUAAUAAUCAUGUCAUCAGACGCUAGUAGUGAAAAAAAGUAGUUAAAGCCUCGGACGGAUGGACUGACGGAAGAAGUGGUCAUAAUAGCACCUACCAACAUGAGUUCGAAAAUGCGCUGUUGCGAUUACGUUAUGUAUGGGAUAAUCUUGCCGCAAUACUAGUUGGCUAUCGAACAUUUGCGUGAUCGAUUGGCGACUGUGUUUCAAUCAUGGGGACCUGUUACGACAUUAUUGGAGAAAAUGAUCAUUACGUUACAAAAGACAUCGUUCAUUUUUCUGGAAAGAGGACCACAAUUUUCCAUAGAAAUCAAGGCUAUUGUUCUUCCUGCCUGUCGACGCCCUCUUUGAAAAUAAUAUAACGAUUUGUUGUAGUGGGUGGAUUUUAACAUUGUAUAUGCAAAUGAGUUGUGUUAUGAGAAAGCUACAAGUGUAAAAUAUAUUCUAACAAUUGAAGGACUUUUCUUAUUUGUAGAGAUAUUUUUUGAAACUUUUUGCUUCGCACGUAUAGUAGGUAAUCGAUGUUUGAGAAACAAUUCUUCCCCUCUUACUUAUGUAUUUGACUAUUUGUCUAUUAACAGCAAUAUUAACAUUUUCAAAUGCGGUCAUAUAAUAGCGGAGUAUGGCAAAAUGCGUCUUUUUCAUUCUUACAUUCGUUGGACAUUUUGGAAUGAUUAACCGUGAACACAACAGCCGCCUCAAACACUAUAGAUGCUAUUCAACAUCUUUAGUUAAAUGCGAAUACAACGAUGUAGGUAUGCCACUUUAAAAAAAGUUGUAAACUGUCGUUGGUUUCAACCUGUGCACAACGCUCUAGUCGUGCCAGAAUACCUAUUAUCAGACAUCAUCUAUGUAUAUCAUUCUGGAAAAUGGAAAAUUUGUCCGAUAGGUUUUCUCGCACAAUUAGGGGGUUGUGAGCGGGUGCACUAUCCUGUCGAAACCUUAGGUCGAAACCAAUUCAGUUUCUAAUUUUUGUUUUUUUUUUAUUGUCUGCCGUACACUGUGAUUACCUACGUGUAUCUGGACAAGUGAUACUGAGAUAAUUUUCUAGAUCUCCCUCAAGGACCUCAUAAGUCAUAAACCUAUGCAAGUCAUUAAGAAAAUUUAAAAAUAAUCAACUCAUGUUUCGAUGGCUUUAAUGUUUGGCGGCAGAGUCAAUUAUAUAUAUAGUUAGUCCAAGUUUUGAGUAUAGACUUAAUCAAAGAUCCCAAGUAAAAAAAAUAUUAAAUAUUGUUGUCCCUGUUUUCAGUUGUUCUGGCGCCCAUGCCGCCCAUGUAGUUGUCUCGAUCGGCUGCCCAGUUCUCCCGCGUCCACUUAUCCCCGAUCCUUUGGUACUAGAUGGUCCAUUCCCAUAUCUUGUGAGAACACUAUUAACAUUCUACCGGCUACUCCGAAUUAGGUUUUCCUGCAGUUUUCCUAAUUCGUAAGGUAAAUAUCGGAGUAGUGUAUAGAACAACUUAAGACCUUCUGCAGAGGCACCUCUAAAAAGCAUUAUGCGGGGUCACUCUGUAAUUGGGCGCAAGUCUGUUGAGGGCCCAGAACAAGAGAGGAAUAAUAAAUAAAUAAAUAAUUAUUAAUCAAUAUUAUACUAAAGCAGCCAGUGCCGCGCCGCGGUUUCCUUGGGUCCUACGGUUUCGCCGUCGCUGAACGUCACGUUUAAGCUCUCAAAUCUUAAAUUUUAAAUCAAUGUUAAUAUUGCGAAUAAAUUUGCCUUAUUUUAGGUAUCCGUAUUCCACCUUUUAAAAUUUGUGUAGAUGUUCUUGACAGUUCGUGUCACAUUACGUUUGGCAACACUCAAACGUUAGUCACCCAGUACCUGCAUAUUUUGUAUCACCCAGUAUAUAAUGUACCCUUUUAAGAAACUUAACCUUACUUUACCAUUGCAGACAAAUACAAAACGUUUUACUCUUCAGUUUUUUAUUUAAUUUAUUGUGUUCCCUUUCGAGGGGGUGCUUAGGAACGGUUUAGCCGAAUGUUUGAUUUAAUUACGGCAGCAAGGACUGUCUCUGGUUGUCAUAAAACACUUCACGUAGAGACAUGGAUCCCAUUUUUAAUUCCAGCGAACCUCUAGAUAUUACUAGGCCCAAUGUGAUAAAAGUCGAUGGAUAUUGCUUUAGGGACUUUCAGAACUUUAAAUUAGAUGUAGCUGACAACAGUACAACUGACCACCUGGCGCCUUACGAAGAACAUGACGAGUUAGUAAACUGUACUGAGAUAGACGACAAUUUCCAAUUGAGUGUAAAUGACUCGGGCAAAUUUGUUAUCAAAUUUCAUGUGCCCUCUUGCUUUAUGGGUAUUGUUAUUGGGUCCAGAGGAUCAGUUCGUCAGAGAAUAGAACAGGAAACAAGAACUGCUAUACAAAUAAGAAAAGGUGGCACUGAUGUUACAGUCCAUGGGGAAAAUGAACGAGAUGUGAUUACUGCAAAGAAUAGAAUCGAUUUAAUACUGUGGCAAGCGAGGGAUAAACAUCGACUGACUCAUUUUAUUUCAAUUCCCUUAAUUAGUGAUUUAAUCAAGUACAAUUUUGAUUCAUUUAAGUCCACAUUACUGAACGAGUCCAUUAAAAUAAACGGACUACAUCCAUCGAUGUUUCAAAAUCCAAACAAAAUUCAUCUUACAAUUGCUCCAUUAGUUCUUGUUGAUAACGUUGAAGAAGAACAUGCCGUUAGAAUCUUAAAAGAGUGCAAUGAAACAGUGAUUAGGCCUAUUUUUCAAAACGCGGAGCCGUUAAAAAUCUGUUUGCAAGGAGUGGAAAUAAUGAACGACGAUCCAACUGAUGUAGAUGUCCUGUAUGGCAAAAUAAGAAUUGAACCUCCAAAGUAUAACGAUUUACUGCAGAGAAUGGCAGAUGAAAUUUAUACUUACUUUACAAAUAAAGGUUUAGUUCGAAAACAGUUUGAUAAUGUGAAGUUGCACGCAACUUUAAUCAACUCGAUAUUUAGAAAAGCAGACAAGCAAAAUAAGAAGGGAGAAGAGAAACAGGGGAGGAAGUCUUUUGAUGCCAGUUAUAUCUUAAAAAAGUUUAAAAAUUAUAAUUUCGGGGAAGCAGUUCUAAAUUUUAUUCACCUUUCGAUUCGCUUUACAAAAUCAGAGGGCGCCUAUUAUGAUGCGUUAUGUACUGUUUCAUUAAAGUAAUGAGUAGAGAGA